GCUGCAGCCGACUGGAGGCAGCAGAACUGGGAGGAGAAACGACCAGCAGGCGGCUACAAGCUACAGCGACAACUUUAUACACUUUAAAACGUUUAAGGUCUCGUGCAUCAGCAGGUGAAGAUGAGCGACGCGAAUCAGCCCAAAGUUGAACUUUUUGUCAAGGCAGGGAGUGAUGGUCAGAGCAUCGGCAACUGUCCCUUCUCCCAGCGUCUCUUCAUGGUGCUGUGGCUGAAAGGGGUCACCUUCGAUGUUACCACAGUGGAUAUGAAGAGGAAGCCAGACAUCUUGAAGGACCUGGCUCCUGGAGCCCAGCCUCCCUUCCUGCUGUAUGGCAGCGAAGUGAAAACGGACACCAACAAGAUCGAGGAGUUCCUGGAGGAUAAUCUCUGCCCUCCAAAGUAUCCCCGUCAGGCUGCUCGUAACCCGGAGUCCAACACAGCAGGCAUGGAUGUUUUCUCCAAAUUCUCUGCUUAUGUCAAGAACUCAAACCCUCAGGCCAACGAAAAUCUAGAGAAAGGCCUGCUGAAGGCUCUGAAGAAGCUGGAUGACUACCUUGGCUCCCCACUUCCUGACGAGAUUGACGAGAAUAGCACUGAUGAGCUCACUUCCUCAUCCCGCCCCUUCCUUGACGGCCAAGAGCUUACUCUGGCUGACUGCAACUUGCUGCCUAAGCUCCACAUCGUGAAGGUGGUGUGUUUAAAAUACCGAAACUUCAGCAUCCCUCAGUCCCUGACAAACCUCUGGAGGUACCUGAACGCAGCGUACGCCAGGGAGGAAUUUGCCUCUACCUGCCCGAUCGACGAGGAAGUCCACAUCGCCUACUCCUCUGUGGCUAAAGCUCUCAAGUAGGAGCACAACAGGAGGCGCAAGUUAUGAAUACAGCUGCACAAAAACACAAAUCUUCUCACCUGAACACAACAAGAAUUCACCUGCAAGCAACUUGGUCGACCUGUUUUUCAAGAGGCUGUCAUUGCAUCUGUGUGGCCAUUUUUUGCAGCUUUAAAAGUUAUAAUGUUGGAACAUUCUGAUGAGUUAAUUUAGCUGGUUCACUAUCAUCAGACUAUACGCUGAGGUUCGUUUUAAAGAGGCUCGUUCAUGUAGUUUUCCUGCUUUUUGUUUGCCACCUGGAUCAGUUUGCAUCAGGUGUGAAACAAGGAAGCCAAGGAGUCAGAUAAACUGAUGUAAAAACAAACACAUGCAAACAUCAAUAUUUGUCAGCCGUGGCAAAAUCUAUACCCAGUUUUCCUGGACAUUCACCUCUGUAGGAAAUUAAUGAUUGAUCACAUUGCUUGCAGGCUCACACACACACACACACACACACACACACACACACACACACACACACACACACACACACACACACACACACACACACACACACACACACACACACAUAUGUACACACUUAAAACUACAGCCUUGCUUGUGUACAGUUUCACCAUCAGUAGAUACACACUGUAAAGUUGUUUUUUUGUUCCCUUCUUUAUGUUUUCUACGGUAUAUCUUUGUAUUUUGGGGGAAUUUAACAGACACAAAGCUGCCUACCAGAUCAAACUUUCACUAGUACCAUGCAAGGCUCACACAGACUGAUUCAGCUCUUUUUUUCAGUCUUGGUUUAAAAGGAAGCAGACACAUGCGUACCAGCAUCAGCCCACCUGCCAAAGUGAUGUGAUUUGUCUGUAAUCGCAAAGCUUCACAUUUACUUCAUAACUUUAUUACUGAGAGAACAAGGCCUUUUUAACAGUUGUGGUAUUAUUCAUAUUUUUUUUAUUGUUCCUCAUAGUGCACCCCACAGAGGAAGUGGGGUGCUUUUCCUCUGCUGCCUGCAGACCGGGUUUUCGCUUAAGGGAGGCAGAGCUGAAAACGGUUAGAGACAGGAAACCAUUUCAAUAGACUCGGGCUUCCCCUUUCUGCUCUCCCACAGCAGGCACGAAGGAUUAUUCAAGAUUACCAAGCUUGUUUGUGAUCCGCUGUCGGAGCCUCUUGCCAACAGUUUAUUUUGUAUGAAGGAUCCUUUUUAGUGUCAUAUAAAUGAGGGGAGCUCAGGUAGUGAGUGUAUUGAAAUUGCUGUGGAUGAAGAAGUUAAAAGCUGAAAGCACGUUUACUACCUCUUCUGGUAGCUCGGUGCACAAGACCUGUUCUGUUGCAUGUUUCUCAUGAGGCAAAAAAAACCAAAACCUAGCAGGAAGUUCAAUUAACGUGCAAGAUAUGUCUACAGUAAAAAUCAUGCCUGCAGCGAUAUUGUCCUGAUAAUCAUCCAAAUACUUAAAACUUUAAAAAUGGCACUUAAAAAUAGUGGAAUCACUUUAACUCACAUUUAGUUAAGAAACAUGUAUUUUUAUUGCACACACAGCCUUUUUAGUGUAAAACAAUCUUAAGUAAAUCCGAGAUCCAACGUCCCCCAUGCAAAAAUAGCAACAUUGUAUCAGUCUGUUGUUUCUGACAUGAUAACUAUUUUCAAAAUCAGGCUCUUUUUUCACAUGUCCAUUAUGAUGGCAGCUUGAAAGCUUUUUCAAGUCACUCAAGUGAGGAUAUUCACGAUCAUGUCACCCAGUGCAACAAUAUCCUCAAUAAUGCCUUUCUAGCUCAGGGGAUGGUUUGGGAUUUCAUGGGUCGCCAGUAGGGCUAUUCAACUUUUGUUAGGCUUGCUAAUCUGAAGUCAUUCUCUUAAAAGUGACUUGAAAUGAAACUACUGGGAGGAACUUGAACCAACACACACAAAAAAAACCGUCUUGUCCGACUGUAGCUGCAGCUUGCGUAUAUGGUUUUAUUCAUCACCACAACUAUGCAAAUUAACAUUUAAAUUAAGACUUCAACUAUACAGUAGGUUUUGUUGUUCGCUCAAGAUAGCAUCAUUAAGUGUCAUGUCUCUCAGAUCAGGGUGAAGCUCUUUAAAAAUGUAACCUAAGUGCAAUUUAAGCCUAUAGAAAAGACAAUCUUGUACACAGACUUUUAAUAUUUGAGACGUCCAUUGGGAGCACAGUUAGUUAUUUUUCUACAUGAUUUAAGUUAAAUCCUUCCUUGAGGUGUAACACAAGUGUUGAUCAAAUAGAUGAUGCUGUAUAUUUUAUAUUGACUGAAUGGUUGUGGAUUUCAUCUAUUUUCUACAUAGGGACCAACAUUUAAAGGGAGUGUGUCUAAAUAAUUUCAGUGCUGAUGUAUUUUAGUAUUUCUUCUCUCAAAGUUUGAAGAGUUUUUAGCUUCUUACAGUCAGACAGAAUUUCAGGGACUGUUUAACUUGAUAUAUUCAUUAAAAUGUUAACUUCAGAUUUUAUUUUUACUUCACUGUUAAAAAAAUCUUCAUGUCAUUUAUUUUCUUUGUUAUGAAACUCAUAUUUUGGUUUUGACUUUGUUUCCCACCCAUAUUAAUUCCCCUACAAAUAUUUGUACCUUGUUUUGUCUUUUUUCAUGUAGUCACUCACUAACAUUUAAAAGUCCACAGGAUCAAAGUAACAGGUUGUGUGGAAACUAAACCAGUAGAUUAGAAUAACCAAUGAGGUCAAUCAAACUAAUAGCACAGCUGAAAUGUAUUUUGUGCUUUAAAAGCCCUUACAAAGACACAUUUAUUAAUAUCCCAAUAAAGAAAUAUCUUGAUAAAAAAUUCACAGAUGUGUUUUU